UCACAUCCACGCCGCGGUGGAACAGAUGCCAGGGCGGGGGAACAAGGAGGGUGGGCUGCCUGGAGCGGACGGGUGAGCCUGCAGGGGCCACAUGAGUUAGUGCCGUGCUCACAGGGAGCUGGAAGCGGCGUGUCGCGGCACAUCUGCGGCGCUGUAGAUUAUUGAAGAGCAGUCAGACAGUAUUAGAGCUGAUAGGACUACACAGGGAAACUAAAUACAAUGUGAACUGCUUCUUGAGAGAACAUGUUGAGUUCCCACAGAUGUGUGGAGAUAAAACAUCCAGAGCGAUGAGAGUGCCAUGACAAACCUGCUUCUGAAACCCUUUCCUGACUGAGAUGGUUAGUCAUGCCAUAACUCUCUUGGAUCCCCAUAAAGAGCUGACCACUCAAAAGGUGAAAGGAUUUCAGCUUGGCCACUAAAUAAAACCCUCUUCCUGCUGCACAGCGUGGGAGAAAGUGCCACGGCGGUGCUGUGGCAUCUCUGUAGGCUGAUAACCGGCGUGAAAGCAGUUUUAAGUGAUCAUCUUUCACUCCUUUCAUACUGGCUGCACAGAACAAGCACGCUUGGCUUGUGCUGUCAACAGGAAAGGAGCAGACACUAGCAUGGACACUCACAGGUGGAUGUAAGGCUUUUUCCUCAGGAGACACACAGGAGAAGUCAUGCAAUUGUCUGGAUGACCUUCAUACCAGAUUAACACAUCAAGACUGUCUUUAUUUUAAUGAGAGCUUUUUGUCAGUAGGAAGCAGAAAGAGCUGCUGCUGAUUUGUCUGCUGCAUGAGUGUUCAUCACUGGGCCCCUGUGCUCCAGUGAGCCAGCAUGGCUAAACCUCUGCUGAAGAUACAGCGUUAUUUCCGCAGGAAACCUAUCCGCUUCUUUACCCUCAUCCUGCUCUACCUGACUGCUGGAAGCCUGGUCCUCCUGCACUCUGGCUUUGUUGGAGACAGCGGCCCCGGAGGGCGAGGAGGGCAUGACACUGUGGUCGCCUCAGACAUGGGCAGCCAGACUGUGUCAUCAGAUAGUCGAGGGCUUGGCAUCAUGCGUGUAUUUAAGGAGGCUCACAGGUCUGGACGAGGCUAUGCUCCCCUGUGGAAAAAAAAGACCAGUAUGUCCAUAGAGGGCAAAGAUGGAGACUACUCCAACAACUGGAACCGUGCACUGAAAGCACGCAAUGCUAAGGACAUGGACGACGAAAGAGCAAAAUAUAUCGGCUGCUACGUUGAUGACACACACAAGAGGGCCCUAAAAGGAGUUUCGUUUUUGGACUACAAAAAAAUGACUGUAUUUCGUUGCCAAGACAAUUGUGCAGAGAGAGGUUACAUGUACGCAGGUUUGGAGUUCGGAGCCGAAUGCUACUGCGGUCACAAGAUACAGGCGGCCAAUACUUCAGAGAGUGAAUGCAACAUGGAGUGUAAAGGAGAGAAGAGCAACAUGUGCGGGGGAGCCAACCGGCUAUCCAUCUAUAGGCUGGAGCUGAGCCAGGAGUCGGCACGGCGCUAUGGCAGCGCCAUUUUCAAGGGGUGUUUCCACAGGCCAGACAAUGUCACUUUGGCUCUCCCUUUUAGCGUCUCCAUCCAAAACAUGUCUGUUGACAAAUGUGUCGACAUGUGCACGGAGAAGGAGAAAUCGCUGGCCGUCCUGGCUCGAGAUCGAUGCCACUGCGGCUUCCCGACCCCCUACUUCUCCCUUCAUGAGCCGGAGGACGAGGGCAUGUGUCUCUACCGCUGCCUCGGAGAGGAGUUUGAAAGCUGCGGCAAUGACGAUUACUUUGUGGUGUAUCAAACCCAGGUUCAAGACAACCGCUGCAUGGACAGACACUUCCUCCCCGCUCGUGCCAGUCAGCUGGUCGCCCUCGCCAGUUUCCCCGGAGCCGGUAACACCUGGGCUCGUCACCUCAUCGAGCUUGCCACCGGUUUCUAUACCGGCAGCUAUUACUUUGACGGCUCACUCUACAAUAAAGGAUUUAAAGGAGAGCGAGACCACUGGCGGAGCGGGAGGACCAUCUGCAUCAAGACACAUGAGAGCGGCAAGAAGGAGAUCGAAGCUUUUGACUCCAGCAUCCUCAUGAUCCGAAACCCCUACAAGGCUCUUAUGGCGGAAUUUAAUCGCAAAUAUGGUGGCCACAUUGGAUUUGCCUCCCAGGCCCACUGGAAAGGAAAAGAGUGGCCCGAGUUUGUGAAGAACUAUGCUCCGUGGUGGGCAUCCCACACUUUGGAUUGGCUCCAUUACGGGAAGAACGUCCAUGUGGUCCACUUUGAGGUUCUGAAGAGAGACUUGUUCUCCCAGCUGAAGUGCAUGGUCCAGUUCUUGGGAUUGAAGGUUUCCGAGGAGCGUCUGCUCUGCGUGGAAGGCCAGAAGGACGGCAACUUCAAGAGGUCAGGGCUUCGCAAACUGGAAUAUGACCCAUACACUCCUGAAAUGCGAGCAAACAUCAAUGAACUCAUCAGAACGGUUGACGCUGCCUUGAAGAAAAGGAACAUGUCUGGCGUUCCAGAUGAAUACAUGCCAAGAUGAUAUAUGUCAUAUUUUCUGCAGCACAUUUGGCAAGAUUCCUUCCUUAGACGUAUUUUAUUAGUUUUUCUUUUUCAUGAAGACACUUUUUCUUCAAUUGAUGUGUUGGACAAGAAAAUAAUAGCACUUGUCCUCUUCUGUGCACAUGUGCUGUGUCGGCAUGUGCACACGCCUUAACAUGAAGAGGCUCCGAUAGCAAGCUGUGAGCGCAGUGAAAACAAUUUAAUACGCUUUGGUAUGUUGAGCUUAUUUUGUACAACAAGAAGAAGAAAUAAGAUGAAAACAUUUUCUGCUGCUCCUUUAGUUUUGAAACAUUUGUAGGUGAAGUUCUCAAAAGAAAGCCCCUUAUCAGAGGGAUUCAUGCAAUAUGCAGGCUAUAACUACCUGAUAAUGAUACUGUGUUUUUCCUUUUUUGGGGUAACUUACUUUUUGCAGCAGAAAUUCUCUUUUUGAUGAUAAAGUUCUCAGUUCCUCGGGCACUGAGUCAAAGAGAGAUGAUGAUUUAUCUUGAGAGCAUUUAUUUAUCUCUGGUGUGCAGCACACACACGUGGCCCGGCCAGUCUGCUUGUGAAUAAUGUUCUCUUGACACUGGAUUCAAACCCAAAAAGCACUUGACAGUGCAACACUUGGCCCAAAGAUUUCUGAAGAAUCCCUCUCUGUGUGCUUUAGGUCAGAUUAGUUCUUUUAUCUUCAGUUUUCUUAGCACUCAAUCUUUUUUUUAUUGCUUUGUUGUGAUAAGGGCAAUUAAAUAGUUAAAGAAGUGAUAUAAUAAUUAAAAAAAAACACAGACUGCAAAAAUUCUAUUCAUAACAUCAGUACGUCUCUCUGCCACAUGCUUCCAACAAAACAAGCAUGUACAGAAAAACAAUAAAUAGCUAAACAAAUAACAAUGCAGAGAGCCAAGAGACAAUAACUGACUUCCAUUUUCAGGAUAUUUGCUUUAUAUCUAUAUUUUUAUAAUGUGUGUUGGCACAUCCAAAUAUUUGUAAUACAAGAAACAAAUGGUAGACACUGUUUCUAUUUUUGACAGAUGCUUUAAACUUUAUUGGCUCUUGUUGUCAUUGACAAACAGGCACAAAGGUGUCGUAUUUGAAUGUAUUGCCAUGGAACGAAUGUACUGUGAUGAAGCCCAAUAAAUUAGUACAUUGGAUAAUGUAUUCGUUGUCUCCAUGAUUAAUAAUCAGGCAAAUGUCAACACCGUGAUGAGCGGCUUUGAAAGGGAACUUUUUCACCUAUUGAGCUCGGGAACAAGCUUUGUUGUCAUUGAAAAGUUCCUGCGUGAUGUCACAGAGGUUAUGUCGUUCCUGCAGACGCUUUAGUGUCUGGGGUGUGUUUACUGCAACAAGCGAUUAAAAGU